GAAGAGCACAGGGGGUCAGGGUGUUGCUGAAAGUUGUUGCGGUGGCGGGGCUUGGUCCUGUGUCUUGGGCUUUUCUUUUGAGAACUCAAGUCGGCGCACUGGGCGAAAGAGGCUGCCACUGCCCGGAAACCGAGCUAGGAGAAGCUACGGUGUCAUAAGCCGCAGGAGAAUUCGAACUGUGAGUCUGAAAGGCAGUACUUUGGUGAACCAGAUCUCUUUACUUCCCCUCUCCCCAUGGCCAUCCUGGAGAGCAUCUAGGCAGUGGGUGAGGAGAAGUCAGCCCUGGGAAGCUUUGCCCUUACUCCUCUUCUCUUCAUUGGCCGUGCUCUCCUCCCAUUGUUUCUCUACCUACAGUCAGGUACAGAAGCAUUGCUUUUGGCCUAAUAAGUGGCCAUGGCAACCAGCAUUGAUAGUGCAAACCACUUACCCUUUUUCUUUGGCAACAUCACUCGUGAAGAAGCAGAAGAUUAUCUUGUUCAGGGAGGAAUGAGUGAUGGACUCUAUCUGCUUCGCCAGAGUCGCAACUACCUGGGUGGCUUUGCUUUAUCUGUGGCUUUUGGAAGGAAGGCUCAUCAUUACACUAUUGAGAAGGAGCUAAAUGGGACAUAUGCCAUUGCUGGAGGGAGGACCCACACAAGCCCUGCUGAACUCUGCAUUUAUCAUUCUCAAGAGUCUGAUGGUCUGGUCUGUCUUCUGAAGAAGGCUUGUAAUAGGCCACCUGGAGUAGAACCCAAGACUGGUCCAUUUGAAGAUUUGAAGGAAAACCUCAUCAGAGAAUAUGUAAAGCAAACAUGGAACUUGCAGGGUCAAGCUCUUGAACAAGCUAUUAUUAGUCAAAAACCACAACUGGAGAAGUUGAUUGCUACCACUGCUCAUGAGAAGAUGCCAUGGUUCCAUGGGAAGAUCUCUCGGCUUGAGUCUGAACAGAUUGUCUUAAUAGGGUCAAAAACAAAUGGAAAAUUUUUAAUACGGGCAAGAGACAACAAUGGAUCGUAUGCUCUUUGUUUACUCCACGAAGGAAAAGUUCUCCAUUAUCGCAUUGAUAAAGAUAAAACAGGAAAACUCUCUAUCCCUGAUGGAAAAAAGUUUGAUACCCUUUGGCAGCUGGUUGAGCAUUAUUCCUAUAAACCAGAUGGACUCUUAAGGGUUCUUACUGUUCCAUGUCGGAAAAUUGGCUCAGAAAAUGGUAAUAUUGACUUUGGGAUGUCACGACCACCUCUCCCAGCCUCUCAUCCCAAAAGUUGGUCAACGGGUGGAAUUAUCUCAAGAAUCAAAUCAUACUCCUUUCCAAAGGCCGGCAACAAAAAGUCAUAUCCUACCAAUGCUAACCGGCCAGAGAGUUCAGUGGAACUUAAUCCUUAUGUGCUACCGAGGACAGGUGGUACCACUUUGGGAGCUGCACUAGAUAUGCAGAGGGAAGCCUUACCAAUGGAUACUGCAGUCUAUGAAAGCCCCUAUGCAGAUCCAGAAGAAAUCAGACCCAAAGAGGUGCGUCUGGACAGAACAUUAUUAACUUUGGAAGAAGGAGAACUUGGCUCUGGUAACUUUGGGACUGUUAAAAGGGGUCGCUAUCAGAUGAAAAAAGGUGAAAAGUUAGUGGCUGUAAAGAUACUCAAAAAUGAGACCAAUGACCCUGCAAUUAAAGAUGAGUUAUUAAGAGAAGCAAAUGUCAUGCAACAGCUAGACAAUCCUUACAUUGUCCGAAUGAUUGGGAUAUGUGAAGCUGAAUCCUGGAUGUUAGUCAUGGAGAUGGCUGAACUUGGUCCACUCAAUAAAUAUCUGCAGAAAAACAGACAUGUCAAGGAUAAGAAUAUCAUAGAACUUGUUCAUCAAGUUUCUAUGGGGAUGAAAUAUUUGGAGGACAACAAUUUUGUGCACAGAGAUCUGGCUGCAAGAAAUGUGUUACUAGUUACCCAACAUUAUGCCAAAAUCAGUGAUUUUGGACUUUCAAAAGCACUUAAUGCUGAUGAAAACUAUUAUAAGGCACAAACUCAUGGAAAGUGGCCAGUCAAGUGGUAUGCUCCAGAAUGCAUCAAUUACUACAAAUUCUCUAGCAAGAGUGAUGUUUGGAGCUUUGGAGUGCUAAUGUGGGAAGCAUUUUCCUAUGGACAGAAACCUUAUAAGGGAAUGAAAGGGAGUGAAGUUUCGGUAAUGCUAGAAAAAGGAGAGAGGAUGGAGUGUCCUGCAGGUUGUCCAAGUGAAAUUUAUGAUCUAAUGAAACUAUGUUGGACGUAUGACAUUGAAAACAGACCUGCAUUUUCAGCUGUUGAAUUGCGACUACGCAAUUACUACUAUGAUGUUGUUCAUUAACACAUCCAGAACCUCAACUCUUGUUUCCUGUGGGAGGAAUCAUAGACAGCCUUCAUCGGAAAAGCUAUAAAAGAAAAUCCAUCUUCUUCAAUGAAUUUAACUUACAUUUUAUUGAUCAUGCUAAGCCCACCUUUCAGUGUUACCAGAUUGAAGAACAAAACUGUCUAUGACACAACUGUUGUUAUAAUUUCCUUCACUUACAUUCAACACAAGCUUUGUUCAAAGAUAUAUACUUUACAAAGCAAACAUGGAUACACAAUAACAUUGAGAGAGAGAGAGAGAGAGAGAGAAGUGUGGCAGGACACAAAGGGUAGUAGAAUAUGGAAGAGGACAGUAGAAUCAAAGGAGUCUGCUAGAUUAAUUUGAUUUCAUUUUUAUAUAGCUUUCAUGACAGUCUUUAAAACAUAUUUUAAUGAAAUUUCUUUUACAUUUUAACAGUUCUCUGCCUCCUGUUCAUACAUUUGAAUACUGAAUAGGCCUAGAGGCAUUGUAAGAAAUAUUUUCACUAUGUAGGCUAUCAUAGAAGAAUUAUUCAGGAUUAGACAAUGUGAAAAAGGAUAGAAAGGGAUAGAAAGGAAUGGAAUGCAAAAGGAUGGAAGGAGAAAGAGAGAGGUAGUAAGGCAACAGGUUAAAUACAGGAUCAUCUUGAUGGGUUUCAAAUUUUCUACAGUAAAAUAUUUCUUGAGAGCAAAAGUGCAUUUGCAAAAUCAAACAACCAGUGAAGAUUGUAUUAAUAUGUUGACUUGAAUGGAAAUGAAUUAUUUUAUAUUUACUUUUGCUUUGUUAGAUGAGAUAGGAGAAAUAGCAAUGAGAAAAAAUAUAAAAAUUGCAUUUUAUUUUUAAUAAAUGAAUUGCUUUUGUUACCUUAUUCCUAGCUAAUCUUUCUGUUAUAGGCCACUAUGAUAUGCAUAUUUGCAGAGGGAAGAUUAAGCACAUUUUGUAGGGGGGAUACCUUAGGAAAGGCACAGUAGACAUAACCUAUUACUGUUUGAAACUAAUAAAGCAUUUUCCUGCUCUUUUGGUUUGGCAGAAGACUAUUCCAUAUCUUCUUGAUCUACAUUCUUUCAGUUGUCAUAAAUGUGUUACAAGCUUUCACCGUUAACUUCUCAACCAGAACACAGCAUCUAGACCUGAAUUCCUUGACUCGACUGCUGUUUCUCUUCCCCUUCACCAAUCAUUUCCUACCUGCCCCCUCCCCAAUAUGCAUGUUGGGGCCUGAGAGUAUUCAAAUUAACAAUGGUCUCUAAAUAUGAGAUGCUUAGAUGAUAAUCACUUUACAAUUUUAUAGUAGAAACUUUGCCUCUAUGCAGGAAAAACAAAACAAAACAUAAGAACAACUACUAGGACAGAAGUGUGGGGAAAGGGAAGGAGCCAAGGUGACCUAUUCCUGUAGCCAUGGAGAUGUGCUCAAAAAUAAAGGCCAAAAUAAAUAAGAAUCAUUAAAA